GAAAUACUUUAAAUAAAUCCUUCGCUUACCAGCUUCCGGUUUUUGAUUGACCUUGAAAGUCACAUGACUGUCAUGUGACACAUUUGUACACCAUUACUACUUCCGGGUUUUGUGAAAUAUAAAAAUGUGUAAGGAAUGUGUGAAAGAUUCCUUCCCUGAGCGGAACACAACUUGUUUAGAAAAUGGCUCAUAUUGGAUGAACUUUACACAUUGUGCCAAGUGCCAGGCAGGAAAGGAUACCAUAAAAAUUACAGAACGAUCUGAGGAGCAUGGAGAUGAGGGGGAUGAAAUGAUCAAAUAUAAACACAUAUGUGAAAGAUGUGGACAUGUCAUAGCAGACCAUGAAUAUACAUUUUGUGUUUCAGAGGACUUCCAGGAGUACCAGAUGUUUUGUUUACUGUGUGGUCGAGGAGAAGACACUCGAAGUAUUUUACCAAAUGAUCCACGAUUUGGAGCUACAAUAUUCUGAGAUCAUAUCAUCACAUGGAAUGGAUGUACAUUUGAACCCAUCGAAGUGUCAGCCCAGUCAAAACAUGUAUUUUUGCACAGGACAACAUCUUUAACUCACAAGAUUAACCCUUUGUUAUGUGGAACAUAUCUUACAUCUUGAAUUCUGUGUAUGAGAAGUUGAAGCCACAAGACAAAACUGACCGACUGACUUAAUCUAUGCAUUUUAACAUAGGCUGUUUAACUUUUUAACCAUGAGCUUUAUAUUUAUGUUUACAAUACUUUGUAAGAGCAUGGGCUUUCAACUAGAAUUGAAAGCCCAUGGUAAGAGACAUC